UGGACUGGGGCCAGGCCUUUCAGAUGCAGGGUGAGCCCCUCCUGCCCCAUGGGCCCCCUACCACUACACAGUAGGUCCCCGGAGCCUGCCUGGGCCCCUUCUCUGUCCAGCCCCAGACACCGGGAUGAGCAAAGCUUGGAAACGUGCAGCGGGGUCGCGCUGAUCACAGCGGCCCUUGGCCCGUCUCUGCGGCUCUCCCCCCCCAUCUCAGGGCCCCUCUGCUCACUGUGCGCUGUCCCUGCAGGCCUCCAGCGCGGGGUGUACGAGACCAUCAGAGACACUGCCAAGGCCAGGGGGCUAGAGCUGGAGAUGUAUCCGUACCUGCCGUUGCUGCACCCAGACCCGCCCGCCCUGCCCCAGGAGCGGCCCAGUGAGGGGUUCAGGCUGGCCCCCGUGUCCCCCGCCCACGCCCUGCUGCUCAGCGACGCCUGGAUGUUCGGAGGGAACAGCUGGAGCCUGUGCUACGUGAGCCACCUGAUCCGUGACUUCCCCAACGCCUGCCUGCUGGCCCCCGAGGGGCACCCCGUCUCCUGGUCCCUCUCCGACCCCCUGGCUGCCCUGACACAAGGGUACACCCUCCCUGAGUAUCGGGGCAAGCACUACAUGGGGCAUGUGGUGGGGAUGCUGGGGGCACAUCUCCAUGCCCUGGGCUUCCCUGUGUACUCCAGGGUGCUGCCCCACAACAAGUCUUCCCUGAGAACCAUGCAGCGCCUCGGCUUCCAGAUCCUGCCGGGGGUGUUCUACCAGCUGGUGGUGACACCCGCCUUCGGCCAGUCCCUGCCAGCUAGUACCCUGCACUAAGUAGGGCCCUGCGCCCAGCUCUGGGGGGUCGCUGCCUCCCAUGGCAUGGAACACUGUGAUGGGGGGGUGAAGGGGACAUGGCCGGGAACCC